AUGACACCUGCAGCUGUGAUCGGCGACCGCGCGACGACGCUGACGUCUGGCGGCGUGACGAGUGGCGCUACGGCGGUGCUGUCGCGCACGGCGGACUGCCUCGGCGUCGUGGCUGGCGGCGGCGCUGCGGCGAUCGUGGACGCGAGGGUGACGUUCACUGUGGCGUCGUGCGGCGCGAACGGUGCGCUGGCGUCGCUGUACUACUGCGAGGCUGCUGGCGGGGGUGCGUACGCGUCCCGCGGUGCGGUGGGGCUGCUGCGCGCGAGCGGGUGCGGCGGCGGCGCGGACGCGAGCAUUGCGGAGGUGGAUGCGGCGCCUGGCGCUGCGAUCGGCAGCUUCGGGAUCGACGCGGCGUACCUGGCGAGGCCGCGGCUGUCUGCGUCGUCGGACUGCGGCGUGCUGCUGGACGCGGCUGUUGCGAGCGUUGGGUACGCGCCCGGUGCUGGCGAGCGCGCUGCGUUCCACGUGUGCGCCGUGCUUGUCGGCGACGCGAGCGUGACGUUCACGACGGCGCGCCCGACGCUGCGCGUUGCGAACUGGGCGGUGUCGCCGACGGCUGCGGUGAGCCGGUACAACGCGACGCUUGGCGCUGCCGCGGCUAGUGCGGUGCGCGUGAACUACGCGACGCCGUCGAGCGAGACGUUCCUGAGCACGGCGAGCGACUGCAGCGUGCGGACGGCGGGCGCGGCGGGGCUGAGCGGCGCGUCGAAGACGGCGACGUACAGCACGACGGGCGUGCGCGGGCUUGUGCACGUGUGCACUGUGGCGCCGCUGAGCGGGAGGACGCUGGCGGUUGCGGAGUUCCUGUCCGUGACGCCGCCUGCUGUGCUGCGUGCGUCGCCGGCUGUUGUGCGCGGCGGCGAGUACAGCGCGACGCUUGUGGUGGACGGUGCGCCGCCGCUGUACUCGAUGGUGCCUGGUGCGGACAGCGGGUACACGCACAGCGGGUACUACACGAGCGCGAGCCGCGAGGUGUACCUGUCCGGGGACGCGUGCUCGGGCGUGCUUGCGGGGACGAGCGCUGCGACGGUGACGUCGAGCGGCAGCGUGUCGUUUGCGACGGCGGGCGUUGCGGCGGGCGUGAGCGCUGUGUGGCUGUGCGCGGUGACGGCCGCGGGGCCCGCGGUUGUGCUGGCCGGCGUGGCUGUUGCGCCCGGCCGGGUGUACCCGACGACAAUGGUGUCUGGCGCACUGGGCGCGCCUGUCUUCAUACCGAGCCUGAAGGGGACGGCGGUGCAGCUGAGCGCGUCUGCGAGCGGGUGCGGGUCUGUUGCUGGGAUGCCGAGCUUCACAACGGACGCGGAGGGCUACGGCGCUGUGGACCUUGUGGGCGGCGACGGCGGCGCGCUUGCGCCGGGCACGUACACGCUGUGCUACGGCGGCGCGCUGCGUGGCGGCGGCGGUGCUGCGGCGCUGGAGUCGGUGGAGCUUGUGCGCGCGUCGCACUUCGACGUGCGCGGGACGACGUUUGUUGUCGGCGUGGCGAGCCGGAUGGUGCUGCUGCAGGACCUGACUGCUGCGGCGCUUGUGCCCGGGUUCAGCACGGCGCGCGACUGCACGUCUGUGUCGAGCGAGCACGGCGAGUGGGCUGCUGUGACGAGCACGUCUGUGUCUGUGACUGCGACGGGCGUGUACACUGCUGGGCUGUACCUGUGCGCGCGUGCGCCGGUGAACGGGACGCUUGUGGCGCUGCCCGGGCUGUGGUCUGGGCGGCGGAGCGUGCAGUUCGUUGCGUCUGCGAUGCAGCUGCCGUCUGCUGGGUGGGACGCGUGCACGACGUACACGCUGGACCGGUGCUACCCGCCGGGUGCGAGCGCGAGCGGUGCGACGUCGGUGGUUGCGGUUGUGCACGGGGACUGCUGCAGCGAGGCGAGCCGGAGCGCGGUUGUCGGGGAGGCGAGCAUGGCGAGCGGGACGUGCGAGCUGACGCUGGACUACGACAAGGUGUCCGCGUACCCCGCGGAGUCGACGUACCACGUGUGCGUGUGGGACAGCGCGGACGACUCUGUGUGCACGACGGUGAGCGAGGCGCGCGUGAGCACGAGCUGCACGCGCCGUGGCGGCGGUGGCCGGGGGCUGAGCCGUGGCGCGGUUGCGGGGGUGGCGGUUGCGUGCAUUGUGUGUGGCGGGGUGGUAGGGUUGACGUUGUUUGUGGUGUGGUACUUCUGUUUCUGCAGGACGUCUGCGGGUACUGCGGAGGCGAGAGAGGUCAGCGAAAAGGCGAGUGGGACGGAGAACGAUGGCUUGGCGAGCCGCAGUUGGGUGAGCUCGUGGACGGGCUGCUGGAAUACGACGGCCAGCACCCCGGAGGGUAGUGUGUUUCCCGAGGAGGGUCACGAGCUCGGCGACGAGCUGCAGAAAUCGGGCGAUUCGGGACCCGUGUUUGGCGAUCAUCCCGUCAUGAGGAGUACGUCAUGUAGGCGUGAGUCUGGCAUGGAUAUGUCGGACAUGUUUUCUGCAGAGUCGGCAUCUGAUGUUCUGCUAGCACCGCUGACGGUGAAGCGUGUGGCGCAGCUGAGGAGGUGGAGCGGCCUCUGUCGGUCAUCGAUGACACAGCAGAUUGAGGUGUGGCGGCGUGCUGUAAAACCCGUAUCAGUCGCAGAGGCGUUGCCAGCGGUGCUGCCCUACCCAUCGCCGCAAGAAGAGCCUUUGAUGCCGCCCAUGCACCGCGUGCUGCCGCCUGCGGCUGAGCUGAAGGCGCCGCCCAAGGCGCUACAACAGGCACGGCAGGCGGCAGCCGCAGAGUCGUCGCAGUUUUGUCCGCCGACGCCGAUGCCAUGGCCACAGCAGGCAUGUCAGGCACAGCAGCAAGAGAUGCCACAACCAAACGACCAGGUAGACGCGCAGGGCUGGCAACCUCUGUCCCCUCAACGGCAGACGUCCGCGUCAGCGCGGAGCCGAAACGGCUUGUUCUCUGUUUUCUCGCUAGACCUGCCUCUGGAGAAGUCGGUGCCGUGGGUCUUGUCGGAGGGCGGCAGCAGCUCUGAGGAGGAGGUGGCGGUGCAUCCCGUGCGGUGCUCCCCGCGUGGCAGCGCACCACCACUUGAGUCCACGGGACUGACGGCACGGCACUUGCGAACGGCGUGUGAGCCGGGCAGACUUCUUCAGCGCUACUACAAGAAGGAUAUGCGACAGUGGCUGCAAGGUACGAUGGUGGUCCCCGAAGUGCAGGCCUACUUGGCGAAGCUCGCCGCCAACGGUCGCAGCAAUGCGCCACAGCUACCACCACCGGUACCGCCGCGGGGACCCGCCAACCGGGAAAAGACGUCGGCAGCCCCGAGGACUCAGAAACCCGUCCUCUUCGAGAAGGCACAAGAAGUGCCGGCUCCACAGAGCAUUGUGCCUGGGGUCGCGCACAGCAACGCCGCCGGUGCAGCACCGCCACGGCCUGCGCAGCCGCCGCCGUGGCCGCUUCCAGAAGCGCGCAACCCGCUGCUCGGGUGUGGCUUAAAUUCCGUACAGUCCCCCGCCACUGCUCGCAGCGACACCGCCUCCUUCGACGUGUCCUCUGGCACCAACGGGCUGCUGCGACUGCCACAGUGGACACCAGCCACGGUGGCGGUGGAUGCGGCUCGGCUUACGCGGAAGCACAGCAUGCCUGGGUUACCCCAGCCGCCGUCACAGUCAAGCGAGUAUCCGCUGAUGUACUCCGAUUACGGGCCUACUGGCAUCAUCGGCCCUGCGGUGACGGCCGGCUGGCCUCGGCCCCGCGGUGGCGAAGGACAAGGGUGA